AUGCCGUCCAUUCCGCCUAUAUUAAUUAUUGGCGUUAGUCCCAUUGUUAAAAUUGUCGUUCCACUUUUGCGUGCCUUUGGUUUUCAAAUAGUUCAUCUCUGGUCACCUCGUCGAUUAACAUCUGAUAUAAUAUCAUUAUGUAAAGAUACAUUAAAUAUCGAUUCAUUUUCUUGUUCAUCUGCUGCACUUGAUCAGCUAUUGAAUAAUGCAACGCAACCAUAUUUGAUUUUUAUUUGUACUGAAACGGAUCAACAUUUUGCACUUAUGAAACGUAUAACGAGUACAUCGAUUAUAAAGCCAUGUAAUCAUCAUGUUGUUUGCAUGCCACCAUUUAAUGUUGAUCCAAAAUUACUUAUAUCGAUUCAACAGAUUCAACAGCAACUUUGUUGUUACUGUUAUCCGAUUGGUUUUCUACCAACAUUUAUCAAACUGAAACGUUAUCUACAUGAAGAACAAGCAAAUAUAGGUGAUAUUCAAGCGAUUGAGUUUCGUAUUCGCUGUUGUUCAUUAAAAUCAUGUUCGAACGAUCGAAUCAAUAGUAGUCUUCUGAAUCGAUUUGGUUCAUUUGGACUUUUUAUACUUUUUUAUUUAUUUGGUACACAAUAUUUAUCAACAGUUAGCCAUUCAUACAUUCAAUCACCAAAUGAAACAACAUGUUCAUUUCAUAUAAAUUACAAUCGAUCAAAUCGUUUACCGCCGAUACUUGUUAAUAUAAUAUCAAAUUCAAAUAUAUCAUCAACAUAUAAUCAAGAAUUAAUUAUUAUAGCAUCAAAAUGUUCACUUAUUGUUAAUGAUUAUCGUUUGAUAUUGCGUCGUUUUAAUUUCGAUGAUCAAAUCCUAAUUGAUUCAUUUCAUUCAGAUACAAAUGAAAAAUUUUCUCAAUUUUCUUUUGAAAAUCCUGAAAUACCUUUAAUUUUUAUCCAAUCAUUUUAUUAUUUUAUUGGACAUUUAAAAGAAUCAUUAUUAAAUCAAAUUCCUCGAUCAACAUUUACAGAACUUACUUCGUUUGAAAUUGUUUAUAAAGUACAAGAAACAAUUGUUGCUAUACGUGAGGCAGCACGAACCGGUGAAAUAGUACCAAUUGCCAGAUGA